GGAGCAAGCAGUAGUGGGCGACAGAUCUGGCGAAAGGGAACUAGUGGUAAAGGGAGCCAGUGGUAAAGGGAGCCGGUGGAGGGGCGGCGAAAGGGGUAGAGGGCAGAGGACGGACGGUAGACCGAGAGAGGCUCGGAGGCCUCGGCUGGCUUUCCGCACUUCCGGUCUUGUGUUGGUUCCACAACCCCUGGCUACGCGAGGCUAGGGUUUAUUAGAGUCAGUUGUGGGGUUCAGAGGGUCAGCAGUCAGUUCUCCGAAUCCAGAGAUUCAGUACUUGUCGUCAGUAUCGGUACUCAGGGCUUGGUAGGUUCGGUGUUUGGGAUGCUAAAGGAAUCUGUCUUUGAGUCAGGGUUCAUUACCUAGAGAUUGGUUUUAGGAUUCAGGUUCAGCCUAUAUAGUUUUUUUUGCUAGGAUUUGGGAUGCAUCAGAUGCGGAUCAGUACUAGUUCAGUACUUGGGAUUCAUUCUUAGGAUUGUAGUUAAAUAUUUGGGGCUCACUCAGGGUCUGGGGUUCAGUAUUCAGGGUUCACUGUUGGGGUUCAGGGCUUAACGUCUAGAGUGAGGAUGCAACCAUUGGGAAUCGGUGGGUUUGGGGUUUCGGUUUUUUGAGGUUUGGGGUCUGAGAAGGGCUUCUCCUGCUGAGUUUCUGAGUUUGCUGAAUUUGUGGCCAGAGGGAAGUCUGUUAGGGGUCAAAUUGUGGGGUGUGAAUUUCAGAAUUUGGGUGAAAUCCCUGUUGGGUUUGAAGGCUGGCUGAAGGCUGGGCUAGGAUUUGAGUUGUGUGGGAUUUGUGAGGUGUUGUGUCCGGGGCAGGUCUAUAUUGAACUUCGGAUUUACAUCCUCCGAGGGGACUAAGUGUUGCUAUUUGGGGUUUUGGGGCUUGGUUGGGGUAUGAGUCAGGUUCCUGGGUUGGGGUGUGAGAUCUGAGCCUGACUUUUCUGUUGGGAUUUGAGGUUUAGGUAGCAAUCGCCAUCAUGCUCAAAGCUGUGAUCCUGAUUGGAGGCCCUCAAAAGGGGACUCGCUUCAGGCCUUUGUCAUUUGAGGUGCCCAAACCACUGUUUCCUGUGGCGGGGGUCCCUAUGAUCCAGCACCACAUUGAGGCUUGUGCCCAGGUCCCUGGGAUGCAGGAGAUUCUGCUCAUUGGCUUCUACCAACCUGAUGAGCCCCUUACCCGGUUCCUAGAAGCUGCCCAACAGGAGUUUAACCUUCCGAUCAGGUACCUGCAAGAAUUUGCCCCCCUGGGCACAGGGGGUGGUCUCUACCAUUUCCGGGACCAAAUUCUGGCUGGAGGCCCCGAAGCCUUCUUCGUGCUCAACGCUGACGUCUGCUCCGACUUCCCCUUGAGCACUAUGUUGGAUGUCCACAGACACCAGCCUCACCCUUUCUUGCUGCUUGGCACCACGGCUAACAGGACACAAUCCCUCAACUACGGCUGCAUCGUAGAGAAUCCACAGACGCAUGAGGUCCUGCACUAUGUGGAGAAACCCAGCACUUUUGUCAGUGACAUCAUCAACUGUGGCAUCUAUCUCUUUUCCCCAGAAGCCCUGAAGCCCCUUCGGGAUGUCUUCCAGCGUAAUCAGCAGGAUGGGCAACUCUGCCUUCCUCUGGGGGAGGACUCGUCAGUCUUGUGGCCUGGGGCAGGUACCAUCCGCCUGGAGCAGGAUGUGUUCUCCGCCCUGGCUGGGCAGGGCCAGAUCUAUGUGCACCUCACUGAUGGUAUCUGGAGUCAGAUCAAGUCUGCAGGCUCAGCCCUCUAUGCCUCCCGCCUCUAUCUGAGCCAGUACCAGCUCACUCACCCAGAACGCCUGGCCAAGCACACCCCAGAGGGUCCACGGAUUCGAGAUCCAGACGUGAAGUCUCAAUCCCUGCCCUCCCUGAACCAGAUGUGGUUUGGGGUAUUUGCCCCCAGGUCCUCUCUUCUGCUUCUAGGAAACGUUUACAUCCACCCAACAGCUAAGGUGGCCCCAUCUGCUGUGCUGGGCCCCAACGUCUCCAUCGGGGAGGGGGUGACCAUAGGCGAGGGUGUGCGGCUCCGAGAGAGCAUUGUCCUCCACGGAGCCACACUGCAGGAACACACGUGUGUCCUGCACAGCAUCGUGGGCUGGGGGAGCACCGUGGGGCGCUGGGCCCGCGUGGAGGGUACCCCCAGUGACCCCAAUCCCAACGACCCCCGAGCCCACAUGGACAGUGAGAGCCUAUUCAAGGAUGGGAAGCUGCUCCCUGCCAUCACCAUCCUAGGCUGCCGCGUCCGGAUCCCUGCCGAGGUGCUCAUACUGAACUCGAUUGUUCUGCCACACAAGGAGCUGAGCCGCAGCUUCACCAACCAGAUCAUCCUCUGAGGGGGGCUGCCUGAAGUUCCCCCCAACUCUGAUCCGCUCCCCUUGAGGCUCCUGCCUGCAUGGCCAGCCUCCGUCCAGGAGGGACCGGAGUAAGCCAGCCAGGCUCUUCCUGCGCACGCGCACACGGGGAGCAACGUGGGUGGCCGGGGGACUGGUGGCCUCUCUCUCCACUCCCUAAUAAACCCGGGUGAACCUUGGA